AUGUCCAGUCCAGCCAAGAAGCGGAAAAGAAAUGGAGAUUCGUCGCCACCGACGCGCAGUAUUAAGUCGUUCUUUAAAGGACAGACCACCGAACAAAUCAAUUUAAAAGCUCCCGAUGUCACUGAGCAAUCUCUCUCCGACGAAGCUCUUGCGCGCAAGUUACAGGCUGAGUGGAAUGAGCAGGAAAACGCAAGCACUCCCGCCGAAGAUACACAAGCAGAUUCGCAGAUCAAUCCAGCUCCAUAUACAUUAGAUUCGCCUGUUUCACCCCCGGUAGCACCGGUGAUACCAAAGAAGAGCACUCUCUCACUACAGUCAUCAGCUGGCACGGAGGAUACAAUAUCCCUUGCUAUUCCUCUUGAUCAAACCCCCCAGACAUUCGACGCGAGUCAAUGCGCAGCAGAACUGCGGUCGCAUUGGGCAACCGAAGGCGGGGAUGCUUCUUACGCUUUAUUAACGAGAGCCUUUGUCCUGGCGAAUGCGACAACCAGUCGAAUAAAGAUUGUCGAUACGCUGGUCAACUUUCUUCGGGUUCUGAUUGAAGGGGACCCAUCGAGUGUCCUGCCUGCUGUGUGGCUAGCAACCAAUUCCAUAUCACCUCCAUACGAUGAACUAGAGCUAGGCCUGGGAGGCUCUUCCAUCUCCAAGGCACUAAAAAAGAUAUACGGCCUCAAUAACCAAGGACUCAAAACCCUGUAUGAUAAGCACGGCGAUGCAGGAGAUGUUGCAUUCGAAGCCAAAAAACGACAAUCAUUCACUCUGAUGAAGCCGAAGCCGUUAAGAAUCAAAGGAGUAUACCAGUCACUGAAGAAAAUCGCCACUAGCAAAGGAACUGGUAGUCAAGAAACCAAGCAGAGGAUCGUCGAGAAGCUUCUACAGGAUACGCGCGGCGCCGAGGAGAGUCGAUACAUUGUCCGGACAUUGGUCCAAAAUCUACGAAUUGGCGCAGUCAAAACGACGAUGCUGAUUGCUCUCGCACGAGCUGUCUUAUAUUCCAAGCCAGUCGGGGCUGAUUUCGAGGUUCGGCCGCCGCAUCAAAUUUCACGCUUGAAGAAGGACGAGCUUGCCGAAAUCUACAGCAAUGCGGAAGAAAUCGUCAAAGCGUCAUAUGCUAGACAUCCUAAUUACAAUGAGUUGGUGCCCUGCUUAUUAGAGAUUGGGCCCACGGAAGAGCUUUUGGUCAGAUGCGGCCUAUCCAUGCACAUUCCACUAAGGCCGAUGCUGGGCAGCAUCACACGCGAUCUGUCGGAAAUGUUGACGAAGCUCCAAGGCCGGGACUUCAGCUGCGAGUACAAAUAUGACGGGCAACGUGCGCAGGUACACUGCGACGAGAAAGGGAAAGUUUCUAUCUUCUCACGCCAUCUUGAGCUCAUGACGGAGAAAUAUCCAGAUCUUGUCUUCCUAGUCCCGCAAAUACGGGGAGAAGGCGUGUCCAGCUUUAUUCUGGAGGGAGAAGUAGUUGCUUUGGACCGUGAGACUGGCGAUCUUAAGCCAUUCCAGGUCUUGACCAAUCGUGCAAAGAAGAACGUUGAACUCGGAGACAUCAAAGUCAAUGUCUGUCUUUUCGCGUUCGACCUCAUGUAUCUCAACGGCGAGCCUUUGCUAGAUCGCCCCUUUCGAGAACGCCGCGAACUACUUCGCAGUCUCUUUGUAGAGAUUCCAAAACACUUCGGGUGGGUGAAGAGCCUGGAUGCGACAUCAGCGGAUUCCGAGUCUGUCCUUGAGUUUUUCAAGUCUGCCAUUGAUGUCAAAUGCGAGGGCAUUAUGGUAAAACUUCUCGACAACCAGCCCAGUGCGAACCCUCAAGUCAACAACAACCUCCCCAACGAAACAGCUACCACAACCACCGAGCAAGCAAAUCAAGCAGCAUCCGACCUAAUAACCAACAUCAAACCCAAGGAAAAACCCACCCGACGCAAACCCCUCCUCUCAACCUACGAACCAGACAAACGCCUCGAAUCCUGGCUUAAAGUAAAGAAAGACUACAGCACAUCCUCCGAAACCCUCGACCUAAUCCCGAUAGCCGGGUGGCACGGCCAAGGCCGCAAAGCGAAAUGGUGGUCCCCGAUCCUACUAGCAGUACGCAACCCAGAAACGGGAUCCCUGGAAGCCGUAACAAAAUGCAUGUCAGGGUUCACGGACAAAUUUUACCAAAGCAACAAAGAAAAGUACGCGCAUGGCAGUACGAACGUCAUCUCACGCCCCAGCUACAUCGAGUACCACGGCGAACCAGACGUGUGGUUUGAGCCGUGCGAAGUGUGGGAAAUGGCUUUCGCAGAUAUCACGCUCAGUCCUACGUAUACGGCUGCUAUUGGGCUAGUUAGCGAUGAGCGCGGGUUGAGUCUGCGCUUUCCACGAUUUAUCAAGGUUCGUGAGGAUAAAUCUAUUGACGAGGCUACCUCGUCGGAUUAUCUGGCAUUGCUGUGGCGGAAGCAGAUGGAGCGGACUGGGGAGGUCGGGGAGAUUGGAGAGGUUGGUCUGGAGGAGGGAAUGGAGUAG